ACACUCUCUCUCUUGACGGUAGUGUGAGCAGCACUAAGCGGUCGAGGAAAAAGCGACUGCUGGUUAUUUGUGGCGAGGUUAGAGUUUACAGUUUGUACUGUUAUAUCAUUUUCGUUUUCGCUGGCUGUUGCUCCGGCUUCUCUCUCAUUUAUCCGCCAUUCAACCCGGAAUGGCUGAACCCAGCGCCAGAUACCAGCAGCUGCCGGAUGAAGAGGAGGAGCCGGAAGAGAGUCCACAGGUCGCAGCUGACCAUCCACCUCCGUACAGCAGCCUCACAGCAGACAGUGCUGCCUUCUUUGACUACAAGGAAGAUGGUGUUUUCCCCAAGCCUCCAUCAUACAACGUAGCAACCACGCUACCUUCCUAUGAUGAAGCAGAAAGAACCAAAGCUGAGACUACUGUUCCCCUGGUAACCGGAAGACAGCCUCAGCAGAGGGAGCGCCUGGAGACUUUUGAUGAUGUUAUUCGCAGUUCACUGGAGGACGAAGACUUUGUGACCAGAGACGACUUUGAAGAUUCCGAUCAGCUGAGGAUAGGAAAUGACGGCAUCUUCAUGCUCACUUUCUUCAUGGCAUUCCUCUUCAACUGGAUUGGUUUCUUCCUGUCUUUCUGUCUGACCACGUCUGCAGCUGGCCGCUACGGGGCCAUCUCAGGCUUUGGCCUCUCUCUCAUCAAAUGGAUCCUCAUAGUGCGGUUCUCCACAUACUUCCCUGGUUACUUUGAUGGACAGUACUGGUUGUGGUGGGUGUUCCUGGUGCUGGGCUUCUUGCUCUUCCUGCGAGGAUUCAUCAACUAUGCCAGAAUCCGUAAGAUGGCCGACACCUUCUCCACCCUGCCGCACACCCGCGUCCUCUUCAUCUAUUGAGCCCACAAAUCAUCACUGUACUCUCUUUCUUUCACUGAGGUGUAAUCUGUGGCUUUAUUCAAUCAUAACAGAUGAAAAGACUUUUUUUUUUUCUCCCCCCCCUUCCUUGACAUAAUUUGGACAAUAUGUUUAUUGUCCCCCCCCUUUUGGUGUAAAAUAGUAGUGAAUGCUGAGAAUUCUGUAGUUGUUAGUGGUGAACUGUCAAGUGCUGUUAUGCAGUUAAGAAGUACGUGAUGUAUAAAUCAAUGCCUUAUUUGCAGUUUUUACUAUAUGUUGUUAGCAGCCGCAUGCGCUGUCUCCCUGUUUAUCCACCAGGGGGCAGGCUUGUCUGUAUUAAUUUCUUCAACCUGAUGAAGUUAUUUUGUGCAGAAAACGGUCGCUGUGAAGUCAAACUUGGGCUUGUAGAAUUGAUAUAAACACGUCAAACAGUGGUUCUCGGCCCAGGAGCCUGUGAGCACAUCUAAUCUUGUAGAUUGAUUUAUCCUGAAAUCAAACAUAUAUACUUCAAGUAACAAUUUGAUGUGUUUUUAAACUUCCUUGGCCAUAUUUUUGUUGAAAGGGAAAAUUAGCUCUUUUUGGGUUGAGGGGCAAAUUUAAUUUAGAACCACUUGUACAGAGGAUCAGGGGCUGGGAUUUCCCUGGAGCAUCUUUUUCUUGUGUGUUUAAGUUUUAGCCUAUGCACUCACUAUAAUCAGGAAUGUUAUUUCCUUAUGUAUUUUAGCAUGGCCAUAAAGAAGCACCGUUGGUCCAGUGGAGUCACUGCCUUGCACAAGGGCAAAUUGAUGUGAAUGAAAUUAGAUGAUAAGUUGUCACUGGAUUCACAUGCAAUCAGAUGAUUUUUGGCCAAACAUGAGUCAAUUACAUCAUUUUUAAUCAGCGGCACCUCACUGUUUUCCAUUGAGGAGAAAAUGUGAGUGUUUAAAACCAGACGUUACGUGGGAAACUGUAGCUUGUGAAGAACCAAGGAAAAAUUCAGAGCACAGAUUGUUUUUAUUUUCUUUUAAGUGAUAAAAUAUCUUCUUUUUUUAUGUUAACCCAUAUUCUAGUGAAAGUGGAAUGAUUAUUUUUUAUUAGAACAUUGCAAAAAACAUACCUGGCUUGGACAAAGUUUGCAAAUAAAGCUAUAAAAGUCUA